AUGUCAGCCGGUGUGAACGCGACCAACGUGACGGCGGAGAGCCGGGACAGCGCGGAGCACCCCGACCCCGACCACUGGCGCGUCCUUUUCGGUGCGUGUCUCGCGCUCGCCGCUGUGAUCUGCGCAGGCGGCUUGUUCUCGCUCGUGUCUCUGCUCAGGACACGGGGCAGAUCCGGUAUGUGCCUCAUUGUGGCCUCGUUGUCGGUGGAUGACCUGAUCUGCGUGGUUCUGCUGUGCCUCACCAUGGUCCUGCAGUGGACGAGAACCGAUGGAACGGCGGACGGACCUGUGUGCACGUUAUCCGGUCUCUUGUACGUUUUCCAAGGACUCUCGAGCAACAUGAAGGCGUGCCUGGUCGUGGCGUACGCGCUGUACGCGACCAAGCGCAUCGGAGCGCACGAGGAGCGCACCGGAGCAGAAGACGAGAACCGAAGACGGGGUCGUGUCUUGUGCGCGCUCGCGCUGGUCUGGGUGCUGAGCCUGGUGGUGAGCGCGCUCCCGUUGUGCGGCUGGGGACGCUUCGUGCGCGCCUCCCUCGGUUGCCUGCCGCACACUGAGGACCUGUACGCGCCGUUCCUGUUCGCGCUGUACGCUCUGUGCGCCGUCGGACUGGCCGUGUGCGCCGCGCCUCUCGCGCACCGGCUCCUGUGCUCCGCCGAUGCGCUCCAGCCCAGCGCCUUCACCUCCUCUCUGUCUCGGGAGAGCUUGGACCGGAGUUUCAGCGGGUUCGGGUCCCAUGUGACAGGCCUGAGGAGUAAAAGCGAGACGUGUUCGUGCUCUUCUCCGGCCAGCGAGCUGCGCUUCAGUCAGGACGGUGUGCGUCGCUGCCCCGCCAGACUCUUCGCACAGAAACGCUUCUCUCUCAUCCUGGCCAUGGCACGAGUGUUACUGUGGAUGCCCAUGAUGACGCAGAUCCUCGUCAGCCACAUUGUCCGGGUCCAUAGUUCAUCUGUGGAGACGCUGUGCUUCUUCCUGACCUUGCUCUCAGCCACUGUCACCCCGGUGUUCUGUCUCUCAGAGCGCUGGGUUCAUCUUCCCUGCGGCUGUUUCAUCAACUGCGGUCAGGAUGUCAGCUCUGUCUCCUCCACUAUGCAUAAAAGGAGGUUCGAAUUCAACCUGUCCUUCCAGCAAGGUUACAGCAUUUACAAGAUACCUCACACAGCCUCCCCCUGUGUGGAGAAGCCGUGCUACAGCAGCCUGUAUGACCACGAUUUCUCCAAAAGCCGAGUUGCAGUUCUAAGCAGCGGGCAGAUUACGAGUCUGGCCUCGCGUGACUUCAGGAAGAUGGUGGUGGAAGAGGAGGAGGACUGCUCCCUGCACGGUAAGCUCCUCUCGGACAGCGUGUCACACCAGGUGAGAUCAGACGCCCCAGAGAAGCUGAACUCGGUGCAACAGGACGCUUUCGGAAAGGUGUCUCCAGCUGUGUCGGGCUGUGAUGGGGAAGACCUGAACCUUGAUACUUCCUCGGUUUUCGAUGGUCCAGAGAGGAGGCUCUCGCAUGAGGAGUGUCGCAAGAUUGAGCUGACUGACUGGGAGUGGUGCAGGAGCAAAUCUGAGAGGACGCCAAGACAGAGAUCUUCAGGUGGAUUGGCGAUCCCUCUUUGUGCCUUCCAGGGCACCGUGUCCCUCCAAGCACCCACGGGCAAAACACUGUCCCUCUCCACCUAUGAGGUCAGCAGCGAUGGCUUCAGGAUUUCUCCCAACAACGCCAAGAAGGUUGAGGUGUACCGCUCCAAAUCGGUGGGUCAUGAGCCCAGCGCGGAAGAGCCUGACUCUGGCAAUGGGGGUGGUGGCGGGGUGGCCGACACCAACGUGAAGAUCCAUCUGGAAGUUCUGGAGAUCUGUGACAAUGAGGAAGCCAUGGACAGUGUUUCUAUUGUGUCCAACAUCAGCCAGUCCUCAACGCAUGCACGCUCCCCAUCGCUGCGCUACUCUCGCCGUGAAAACCGCUUUGUAUCUUGUGAGCUGGGAGAAACGGCUUCAUACUCACUGCUGAUCCCUGGCUCCAGCCCUGAUGCCGAUGGCCUCAACAUACACAUCCCAGAUACGGUGGAGGCACAUCGGCAGAACAGCCGGCGCCAACGGAGCGAGGCAGGUGGCUACCGUGAGGAGAUCCAGCUUCUCAAUGAGGUCUACAAGAAACAGGAGGGAGAACUGGACAAAUAA